UAAAACAUCAUGUAUUACAUUUUAGUAUGGCGUUGCGUGUCAACUUUUUCAACGAAGGUUGUAUCACAUCGACAAAUUGACUCAAAUGUUCAAUCAGAACAUGGCAAGAAGUAAAAAAACGGAUGCAGCUAGACCUGUAAUGACUCCGGGCACUCGUAAAAGUGCAAUGCCGCAAACCCAGAAUACUCUUUUGGGUUGUAUUGCUUCACUUGGAUACAGAACGAAAUACAGCAACAUCAUAUCUUUCACACAAGUAGAAUGUAACGUAGGAAACCACUUCAACCCCAGCAGUGGGGUUUUUAAGGUCCCUUCUGAUGGCACCUAUACGGUGGUUAUAGCAAUCAGACAAAAUAUGAAUUCGAUUGUGAAGGUUGAAGUGAAACGAACACUUGCGACUAUUAUGCAGCAGGAAGUCGGGCAAGUUUAUACAACUCAUAAAGGUGCGGAAGCUUCUAACACGUUUGUAGUUUGCAUGUAUAAAGGAGAUACUUUGUGGGCGGUGACCGACUCUUUUGAAUGUGAAUGUACAUAUUUUUCUUGUUUACGUCAAUAAAACAAAUAUGCUAAUUCCUUUCAUUGCUCUGGGGUACAUAAGCCGCUUUUUGUCUUGAUGAGCUUGGAGACGCGCAGCAUUGGAUCACUUGAUUUUAACUUCCUUUCAUCAAUUUGUCGUUUGUUGAAGUAAUGUUUUGAAUAUCCCCCGUGAAAUUAGCCCGUUAAUUUCACGCAUGGGUUUUAAUUCUGAAGCUUGCUUAGCUCAAUUGUGAGAGAACUCUAAGCACACCAUUUCGCUUUGUGUAUUGAGUGGUGUCUACUUGCACGCAUAUGUAUGGUGUCAACAAUUCAAACUUUCGGUUAAGACAGAGCUAAUGAGCCUAAUGCUGGAGUGCUGUAUGAAUGACGAUGUUACUUUUCAACGCAAUGGUAACUGCUGCACUCCGUUAUAAACUGUGUCACUUCUUUUGGUUUCAAAUAUUUUUGUUAAUGUCCUCCUCAAGCAAUGUGAGUUUGCUUGAGUUUCACGAAAUUAGCAUACAAUGUAUAACGUUUAUUAAAAGCGUGUACCUAUAACACUGUUUUAUCAUAACAUUUCCUAAAUGUAUUAUAUUUCGAAGAAUUCAUUUAUUGUCAUGUAAAUUCAUUUACUUGUAGUUCCAACUGUGUCGCCUU